AUGUCUCAACAAGAAAUAGACAAACAACGCUUAGUCUACGCAAUUUUAAAGUUUCUCGAAGGAGAAAUACAAACUGAGACUAACAAUGCUGAACGACGUGAGAGUAUGGAAGUUGCUGUUCAAUGCCUUGAAACAGCCUAUGACGUAUCACUUGCAAAUACACAAAAUGAAUCAGUAUAUGGUCCCGUUAUAGAACUAUUACCACUUGUAACUGAGAUUUCCAUUGCAACAGAAGCAGCUCAAUCAAUCAGUUUUACAUCAUGGCCACAUACUAGUGAACAACUGCCAAUGAGUGUACCAUUAACGGAUGAUAUGCGACAACAAGCAGAUAAAUUAAAAAAUGAAGGAAACGAAUUUGUUAAACAAGAAAAAUAUCGAGAAGCAUUAGAAGCAUAUAAUGCUGCUAUGAAAAUCGAUGGUAACAACGCCAUAUAUUAUUGCAAUCGUGCUGCUGCACAUAAUAAAUUAAAUAACAAUGAUCAAGCAUUAAGUGAUUGUUUUCGCUCAAUUGAAAUCGAUCCUAAUUACAGUAAAGCAUAUGGACGACUCGGUGUUAUUUACCUUUCAUUAGAUAAAGUACAUGAAGCACUUGAUGCUUAUAAAAAAGCUCAUGCAUUAGAACCAAAUAAUGAAAAUUAUAAACAAUCAAUAAGAAUUUGCGAAGAACGAUUAGUCUCAAUGCCGGGAGGUGCUACACCACCUGGUGGUCCUAACCUUCAAGCAAUGUUUGGCUCAUUAUUAGGUGGCAUGGGUGGUAUGAGUGGCCCUGCUGCUGGUGCUGCAGCAGCUGGUGGACCUGAUAUGAUGUCAUUUUUUAAUAAUCCAUCGUUGAUGAAUAUGGCGAUGCAGUUUGUUCAAAAUCCUCAAGUACAAGGACUGAUGGCUAAUUUAGUGACAAAUUUAGGAGCACAAGAAGGUGGUGAAGUCGGUUUACAAACUCUGUUACAAACAGGCCAACGUAUGGCUUCAGAAUUAUCAGCUAAUAAUCCUGAUCUUAUUGAAUCUAUUAGACGUAAUAUGGGUAACCGAGAACAACCCGAUGGAAACACUGAUGGAGGACCAGAUGGUACUUCCAAUGGAUCAUCAAAUCCUAAUAAUAGCUCAGAUCAAGACAAACCAUCAUCAUAA